GAGUGGAUACCGCACGCCAACGACAUCUUCGGCAGCCAUGAGCACUUCAGUCUCCAGCACGCCGACGCCAGGGCGGGACUAUCGUCGUCUGGAGAGAAUGUCUCUCGAUUUCAUGGCCCCGGGCAGCUGCCCAACGCAGCAACGGACAGGCAGUCACAGCUACCCAGUCGAACAGGCCCACAGGCCCCACUCUUCGUCGUCCGAGCGAAGCAUGGUCACCCGUCGGGACAGCAGCCAAUACAGAGCACAGUAUGCAGCCUAUCCCGCAGGCACCGCUCAGCCCUGGACCUCAGUGAACGGGGCCCAUGCUCGACCUAGCACCAUGCCAAGCUAUGACAGACGGUACAACAGCACCUGCACAUCCCCCACCACGCCUUCGGGCAUCAUUCGCGAUGACCCCCCGGACCACAGCUCCGACGCUGACUCGCCCUCUCGCGGCGGGAACACGUCGCCGUCAGUAGCCGAGCCGGAGCGCCGCGAGCCACGUCUUGCAUACGGCGAGGAGGAGCGUGCCUUCAUCAUGGUGUGCGCGGUGCUGCGCAACAUGACGUGGAAGGAGAUCGAGACGGCCUUCCGCCAGCGUUUCCCAGCAGGUCAGAAGCGCCGCCAUUCCGAGCCAGGCCUGUGGCCCACCUAUCCCGAGCAGGAGCGCACGUUUGGGGGUCUCACUUGCGCUUACUAUCGCAUUCGCGAGGCUUGGGGCAUCGCCAAGGUUCGCGGCGUCCCGGACGAAAUGAAACCCGAGGUUAGAAACGUCGUGAGCGAGAUGAUCAGGAGCAUGACACAGUUCCCGGAUCUACAGCAGUGGGUCUAACCGUGAGGGGUUAACGUGCUAAAUUGUCCUUGCCUUUGAACCGUCUGCCUGUUGGUGGCGUCUUCUUGAGUUCUUCUUCAUCAGUGUUCGAGCGAGCGCCUGGGCUUUUCUUUUUUGUUUUUUUUUCCUCUUAGCGGGAGUUAUUUGUCUUAACUACGUUUAUGUCUUACGAGCCG